UUUUUCAAAAAAUCUAUGUAUUUAAGAUAUUUAAAAUAAAAUAGGAAGAGACAAUAUAUAGAAAACGAUUCUUAUUUUUAAUUUUUAUUCACUCCUUUCUAAAUUAUUAUUAUUGGAGACUACGAAGAUACUCAGCAAUAAAAACUCCCGUCCGCGUCCACAUUGGUAACCCUAUUAUUCACUUUGUUCUUCUCUUUUCUUUUCUUCCAAGUCUCUCAAACCCCAACUUUCUUUCAGUCCAAAGCUAUGUACGAAACAACCCUGACCGAAGAUCCCUCCUUGGGCUACACAGGGUGCUUCUGGGACUACAGAGAUUUACCAAUCCCUGAAACCCCUCAUGGUAUCAACCCUUCUCUUAUUCAUCUAAAGGUCUCAGAUGCUCUUGAGAGCAAACUACUGCUUGGUCAUUUGGCAAUCUGGUUUUUCGCUGAGAAACCAAUAAUACAAGAUAAUUUUGAAGAAGCUCAAUUAUUCUUCCCCGAAGGAGUUCCAAAAGAUGAAUCUGAGAGGGCUAAGAUGAUGAUUAAGGCGAUUCUUUUCUUUGCAUUGGACAAAGAUGGUUGCGGUGAUGAACAUAACAAUCUGGUGGUAGUCUCAAAUACCAUCUCACUAGAACCCGAGUUAGUCGGUGUUCUUAAGGCUUUGGAAUUCAGAAACCACAAUGUUCUCUUGGUACAAUCCGAUGAAGCAAACAAGGUCAAUAUUCCUACCUUAAGCCUUGAUUUGCUCUUCCAAAGCAUGCUAGAUGAUGAUGAUGAUGACGAGGACGAUGGAGUUGGCGAAGAAGAGAAAGAAGCUAUUGCAAAAUUGAAAAAAGUUAUUGCAGAAAAAAGAAGAGCUCUCGCAAAAAGGAAGAAUGCUCAAGAGAAAGAGAAAAAUGCUUUUAUAAGGGGAGAAGUUGCAAAAGCUACCACUGGAGUCAGGUCACUAUAUUUCACUAUCAAGUAUGCUCUUGCUGAGGAGAAUGAAGAUCAUUCUGAUGACAUGUCAGUAUUCACUUACGGUAAAGGGAAGACUUUGCCGUCUGAAUAUUCUGUCGAAACCCCCUUCUCCCUAGGGGGAAAGAUGGUUCAUCGUGGUGCAUGGGAUAAAGCUGCUAGAGUUUAUAAGAUGAUGUGGGACAUUCUUAUAUGGUCAUUUGACAAUCGUGAGACUGGACUAAAUUUGGUGGUAAACCUCUCGUUGGAAGACAAGGAGUUCGUCAAUACUUCUGCCUACACCGAGUUUGUGGAUACUCUUUUCAAAUUGAAAGAGAAAGGUUACAAUGUACUCUUAGUACAACAUGAAACCGAGAGCGCAUCGGAAUACCUAAUUAGUUCUGUAAGCUCGAUAUGGCUUUGGACAAGUAUAUUACAUCACUUCAAUUCAGCUAAAGAUGUGGAGGUUUUGGGGAUGGAAAGAUUGAAGAUUGAGCUUCAGUCAAGGGGGCUGAAAUGUGGAGGGACGCUGCAAGAGCGAGUUGAAAGGCUCUUCUUACUUAAAUCAACACCACUCGAAAAAUUCCCAAAGAAAUUUCUGGCCAAGAGAGGGGAAAUGAAGAGAGAAGAAAUGAAGAGAAUGGAAAUUUUGGCCAAGAGAGAAGAAGAAAUGAAUGCAAGUCUUUUUGGAUGAUAAGCUCCCAAAGAAAUAAAUACAUGACUUUUGGAAGUGUCCAAAUAAAUGAGAGAAAACAGAGCUUCUCUUCACAGCCAACUUUUGUAAAUCAUUAUCAUUACAUUUUUCACAUACUUAGCUGAAUAGUAACUUUGUUGUACAUAUACUGUUAGUAUUGAGCAUAUUGGGCCCUUUAAUUGUUAUAGGCUUUUACGGGUUUGUGUCCAUGGACUUGCUAAAGCCAGAUCUCACUAUGAAACCCUAGAGAAGACUAUGUUGAGUGCGGUACACGCAUAGGACCGAAAGAAAUCUUCAAGAUUAAGGUGGAAUGGUUGAGGGCAAAGCUUGAUGAUGUUAUUUAGUUUCUUACUCGUGAUUUCAGAUUUUUGUUAAGAUUUUCGUGUUGUACUUCCACAAAGUCAUAGUUCAAAACAUAUUCUAAAGGUAAAUUAUAGACUUUGUUUGUCCUUUUCUCUACCGUCAAUUAGCUUGUUUCAGUACUAA